AUGAUCAAGGCUGGUACUGUUACCCAAAUAUGGGUACGAACCUUAGAAGGUUCUGUGGCAGGCAAACCAGUACACUUCUUAACCUAUGGCGGCUGUUACAUAAUUGAUGCUGGUUUAUCUCCCUCCAGCAACUGCCACCUCCAAAAUCACUGGAUCCCUCACGGCCAAGCUCGCUGCUUCAACCUCCACCCCGAAGAUGCACCACCUGAGUGGGAUCCCUGGGCCGUUAAGAAAAUGUUGCAGCUCAGCACCGCGUCCAUGUCAUGCGGCUUCGGGAAGCCACUCAUGGGAGGCCCGCUCCCACAUCCGAGACAUCCUUGCCAGUGCAAGUUCUGUGAAACGCCAGAACAGUAUUGGAGUUGGCAGAAGAGUAUGGAUGUGAGUGCGGUGGGAAAGAAUUUACCCCCGCAGGUGAUGUAUAGGGAUUCAAUAUUUUAUCAGGACAGGGAAUAUAUGAGGCAUAUGAAUACAUUACUUGCCGGCGUUCCUAUAUCAGAUGAGGAGAAGGCAGAACCUAAGGAGUAUUUUGAACUCGAUAGAUGA